AUGCAGGGAAAAUUUUCAUUACAAAUAACGAAAUUAGAAAUAUGUAAAGGACCCAAGCAGAAAAGCUGCUGCGAUGUAAGAGCUGAAAUAGAAAACGGCGUGAAUUUGGCUUACGAUAUUGUAAUAAAACAAGAUGUUGUUCCAACGCGGGGCAAAGUAGAGGCAACAAUAAAUGGAUCUCCUUUUGUCCGCCUUCAAAUGAAGAAGCCAUGCGAUCACCUCUUCAUGAAACCGUUAUUCCAAUCCAUGCUCAAUGUUACUCAAAAUUGUGUUUUUGUUAAGGGACAUUACUUCAUACACAUUGACAUAGAGAAAGUAGCUGAGAAAUAUUACGGCGGUGAGUUUGUCUAUGGAAACUUAACAUUUAAAUCAGUCUUUUACAACGAGCAAUGCAAUUUUUCCUGCACAGUCAUACAAGUCGAAAUGUCGCCGAAGAAGAAUCAGUCAAUUGUCAACAAUGAUUAA